GUACAGUCUAGUCCAUGAUUAUACACAACAAAUACCAGAUUGUUGUUUACUUAUAGUUUUUUUUUUAUUUUUCGAUUAAAAAAUUAAAUAACAAUAAUGGCUUCAGCGCAAUCCUCAGAUGACAUUAUGGAGUCGUUGAAGGAUGUUCCCGUCGAGUUAGAAAAAAACUUCACUACGAUGCGACAUAUCGAAAAGAAAGCUAAAGAAAAGGUGCGUAACGCUCACAAAUUACAGAACGAUUUUCUGUCAAGAAUAAAAGUCUUAACGACAAACGAAAAAAGCGAAUAUUUAAACUCAAUACUAUGUUUACUUAACGAAGUGAUAGAACAUGCUGAAGACAAAGUUAAACUGGCUGUUCAAACUUAUGAUGAGUUCAAUGAAAAUGAGAAGAAAUUGGAUUUAGGUAAAGCAAGGUUAGAAAAAAACAUUUAUAACAGAGCAAGUGGCGCAAAAAAUAUUGAAGAAGGCGUACAACAAAUCGAUGAAAUUUGGAACAAGCCGAGUACAUCAAGGGAAGAAGAAACAACACCUUACAAAAUAUCUGAAAAGAAAAUAAUUCAAAAAGUCGAUGAAAUUUGGAACAAGCCGAGUACAUCAAGGGAAGAAGAAACAACACCUUACAAAAUAUCUGAAAAGAAAAUAAUUCAAAAAGUCGAUGAAAUUUGGAACAAGCCGAGUACAUCAAGGGAAGAAGAAACAACACCUUACAAAAUAUCUGAAAAGAAAAUAAUUCAAAAAGUCGAUGAAAUUUGGAACAAGCCGAGUACAUCAAGGGAAGAAGAAACAACACCUUACAAAAUAUCUGAAAAGAAAAUAAUUCAAAAAGUCGAUGAAAUUUGGAACAAGCCGAGUACAUCAAGGGAAGAAGAAACAACACCUUACAAAAUAUCUGAAAAGAAAAUAAUUCAAAAAGAUGUUACAAAAAUGAAUAUUACAGCAACUAGCAAAACACCUUUAGUCGGUGUUAUUCGUCCAACAAAUGCUACCAAUAGUGUAUAUGAUAAAGAAGAGACUGGUCCCCUGAAUGGUUCAUUAGAUAAUGCUGGAGUUGCCCUUUCGCCUGAAGAAUCAGAAAUGCCCGUCGAUUCAAAUGAACAAACAUACUGUUUAUGCAAACAAAUUUCUUAUGGUAAAAUGAUAGCCUGCGAUAACUCAUGUUGUCCAAUUGAAUGGUUCCAUUUUGGAUGUGUUAAUGUAACUACCGAGCCCAAAGGAAAAUGGUUCUGUCCGAAAUGUAAAACAAACAAAAUGAAUAAAUAACUCAUUUUAAAAAUGAAUAACUCUUUAAUUUUAUACAUACAUAUAAAAAUAAUAUACCGUUUAUAGUACCGUAAUAUUAUUAUUGUCAUUAAAUAACAUACAUAUUUGAGAAUACAA